UUUCGUGGGUUCAGUUCUUGAUCUGAGGCCGUUUCAGAAACAACCCGUUCGCAAUAAUGGUAGCAAGAAUCCCGGCAUUGGGCCUGAUCUGCCUGUUGGCUUGUCUUCUAGGAAGUCACACUGCUAAAGCCCAGUGCAGUGAGUCCAACAGCACUAAAUUGAACCUGACAAUGUUUUCAGGCAUCUGGUGGGAGGUGGCCAGGCAGCCAGCAGGCAUUGAUUUCUGUACGGAGGUGAACAUAACCGUGCUGGAUAGAGCCAAUGACAAUGUCUUGAUCGAUACCACCUAUGGAGUGUCGCCCGAUUAUCCUUGGGUGAAUCAAACCAUGAGUGCCAACCUUACUGUGUCUGAUGACAGUACUUUCGAAGAUACCUACAACUUCACCUACUGGAAUCCACCUAAUUACACUCCCUACACAGUGUUUCAAAUCCUUGACACCGACUACACCAACUACGCCUUCAUUUGGGGCUACACAAAUCAGACUGACAACUCGACAUCGUUUGGAAUUAUCCUAACCAGGGAUCGUACACCCACAACGGAUGCCCUCAAUAAGCUAGAGAGUAAUGCCAGUUGCAAAUUCCCCAACGUCUCGAUCCAUGGCACGAUGACCUUGAUAACUCAGGGCGAAACUUGUUAUGCCGCCGGUGCCAGUUCAUCUACAAUUAUCUCCUUUCUAUUAAUUGCUGUGACCUUUGUUCUUGGACUCUGUGCAGAUCGUUUGACCAUUUAAAGAAUGAACGAAAAUAUAAUAACCAAAAAAUAUUGAAAAAGCAAUACAUUUAAUUU